GAUGUUUGCUUUCAAUUGACCUUUCUGAUUGGGACAAAUAUUAAAAUCUAAACAUUCAUCUCAGAAAAAGAGUUUCUUUUUCGUCUAAACUAUAGUAAAAUGGUCAAAAUGAAAUUUCCAUCGUGUUUUCAGCAAUUGCUCAUAGUUUUUGCAUGUCUGCUGGAAAAUUUGUACUGCUACCGACCACUGGUGUUAAUACAUGGAAUCAAUUCUGACUACAAGGACUUGUCAGACAUCGAGGCAUGGGCCCAGGCUGACUUCCCGGGAAUCCAGACCUUCUCUCUGGACGCAUUUAACAAUGACUACAGCAUAGUAUCAAUGCGCACACAGGUACCGGAGUUCGUGACCCUUCUGAAGAACAUAACUGACCAUUAUGGCACAGUGGAUCUGCUGGGGUACUCACAGGGGGGCAUAGUUGCGAGAGGGGUGGUCGAGGAGGGGGACAACAAGAACAUCAACAACUUCAUAUCCCUAUCUGCUCCAGGACUGGGAGAGUACGGGAUCCCCUUUUUGAACGACACUUCCUUCUUCGAUCACGUGACAGCUGGUGAAGUGUACCACAUCUGCUACACCAAAUCAGGCCAGCUCAUCUCAGUCUGCAACUACUGGCACGACCCAAUUCAGACUACACUCUACUUGGCCGAGAACAACUACUUGCCCUAUUUGAACAACGAGCUUGCUCACAAUGACUCCCAGAGGUACAAGGAGAACUUCGUCAGUCUGGGAGGACUCAUUCUUGUGGGUGGACCAACAGACGAGGUGAUUCAACCAUGGCAAACUGCCCAGUACUCCUUCUGGGACGCAGACCUCAACGUCAUACCCUACAACCAGCUACACUACUACACUCAAGACACUUUUGGACUGAAGACCCUGGACGAUCAGGGCAAACUGAAGUUCUGCACUGUGUCUGGAGUCCAACACACUAAAUGGCCACACACAAAGUCAGUGUAUGACACAUGCAUCAGGCCAUACAUUGCUAACUAGUCCACAGCAGGCCAUACAUGUCCAGUUCGGCCAGAGCCCAUACAAUGUAAACAAUAACAUACUCACCAGCGGAUUUUUUGGGGGGGG